CGUCAGCUGACCGCCUCGGCUCUCUCUGCUCCUCCGGACACGGCGCCGCGUAAAAAUGCUGCUCUCUGUGCCGCCAAGGACAGGAAUCAACCCGUACAACGGCUACUCCGGCAAAAACAUCAAGAAGCAGCCGUAUGUGUCCCCCUCCAACCAUCAGAUGGCUCUUUCAAGCCCCAACAACAACCACAAUGGCAGCAGCAACACCAACACCAUCAGCAAUGGCGGAGGCAGCGGCAGCAGCAGUGGCAGCAUCGGAGGAGAGCAACUGAGCAAAACGAACCUGUACAUCCGUGGCCUCCACCCGGGAACCACAGACCAGGAUCUGGUCAAACUCUGUCAGCCGUACGGGAAAAUCGUAUCCACCAAGGCCAUCCUGGACAAGACCACCAACAAGUGCAAAGGCUAUGGAUUUGUUGACUUUGACAAUCCAGCUUCAGCUCAGAAGGCCGUGACUGCGCUGAAGGCCGGUGGAGUGCAGGCUCAGAUGGCCAAGCAACAGGAGCAGGACCCCACCAACCUGUACAUCUCCAACCUGCCUCUGUCCAUGGACGAGCAGGAGCUGGAGAACAUGCUGAAGCCCUUCAGCCAGGCAAUUUCCACGCGCAUCCUCCGUGACGCCAACGGGACCAGCCGAGGAGUGGGCUUCGCCAGGAUGGAGUCAACAGAGAAAUGUGAGGCCAUCAUUCAACAUUUCAAUGGAAAAUACAUCAAGACUCCACCUGGAGUCCCAGUGCCGUCAGAACCCUUGCUGUGCAAAUUUGCUGACGGAGGUCAGAAGAAGCGUCAGAGUCAAGGGAAAUAUCUGCAGAACGGCCGGCUCUGGACGAGAGAUGGGGAGACUGGAGGAAUGACCCUUACCUAUGACCCCACCACCGCCUUACAGAACGGGUUCUACUCCUCUCCGUACAGCAUCGCCCCCAACCGGAUGAUCGGACCAACUUCCCUCUCCCCAUACAUGCAUUCACCCGUGUCCACCUACCAGGUACACAACCCGUCCUGGAUACACCACCAGUCCUACAUCAUGCCGCCCACAGGAACCGUCCUGACUCCAGGGAUGGACCACACCAUGUCCAUCCAGCCCACCUCGAUGAUGGGGCCCCUGACACAGCAGCUCAGCCACCUCUCCAUGGGCAGCAGUGGCACAUAUAUGCCUGCAAACACAUCUAUGCAGGGGACCUACAUCCCCCAGUACACCCAAGUGCCUGCCACCAACAUCUCAGUUGAGGAAAGUGCCGUCCAACAACCUGUUGCCAUAGAGACACCCACGGAACACACAACCUACUCCUACCAGCAUAACAAGUGAAGAGGUGGCAGAGAUCUUCCUCUGGAGCCGGAGCGACUCUCAAAAGGGCCCAAGUGCUGAAACCUGGCACAGUGACUCUGCAUGAAAGGCACCAGACGCUCGGGGGGAAUAUGGACUGUUACAGAGACAGGACAAAAAAAAACCAAGACAUUUUCUACAAACUCAUAUUUUAAAACAAACUCUUUUACUCCAAACAAGCAAGGCUGGAGGAUGGUGGGCGAGAUGAGACGGAGGAACAGAAGAGGGAGCGUCUAUUUUGAUAACAGUCAAGGAAAAAACCAACAGACACAUUGAAUAGGUUUUAAAAAGGUUUGAGCAUCAUUCUCAUGCUUUUCUAAAACUACAGUGAAACCAGGAAAAGAACAUUUCAACACCAUUUUUUAUUUUAUUAUCAUGUUUUGUUGACCUUUUUUUAAAAUGUGCUGAUUUUACGUCUCUUUUGUUUUGUGUCUGAUACUUUCAGGCUUUCAAACCUGCCUUUUUGUACAUAAUUGUUUGAUUUGUUGUGUUUCUAGCUUCACGUGUCCUGGUUUGAUUGAUUGGUGCAAAUAUCUGAAAACAGACAGCAAAAAGCUGAGGAAUCAUAUUUCAGUCGGAUAUGGUGCUGACUUGGAUUAAGCUUCUCUUCAAGUGGCAGCAAAUUUUUGUUUCAUGUUUUUUUCUUUCUGAGUGGUUUUACUUCUUUUUGGCACUUGACUCUCAAAUAAUUUAAAGUUCCAACAAUCUCGACAAAGCUUCAGACAAUCAAGACAAAGACAAGAACAUUUAGAGAUGACGCUCACUGUUGAUGGAUUUCACAGAGCAGUCUUCUUUGUAAAAGAGCUAAAUAAAUAUAAAUCAUUCCAGAGAUAAUCAAAAAAAGAAAUUUAAAAAAGGUCUAACUGUUUUCACGUUUGAGCUCCUCCACUCGAUUCAAUCCAAAGUUGUUUAACUGAGAUCACAUCUCACUCAGAGCUGUCUGUAAAUAAGAGAUUUAAAUUUAUGGAGGCUUUCUUUUGAUUUUCGUUCCUCUGUGUAGUAUAACGCUUCAGUUAAUGACAAUAAUUUACCAAAUUGAACAAAGCAAUGUGUUUUCUCUUUUAUAAAAGGGAACGCUUGAAUCUCCACCAAACCCCAAACAGGGUUUUCUGAAACAAGUAGAUAGAUGUUGUUUGAGUUUGAGCUUGUUAUUGCACAGACGUGGGAAUGGACAAGUUCCGAAAACACUAAACAGGUGGAUUGUUAUGAACAGUCGGGCUGCUGUCAGUAGAAAAAUAGUGGCCAUUGCCGUGUUUUUGCAUCUGCUUCUACUUUUUUGUUUUCACCCUCAUGUCCAUUUCUUAUUUAAACGUUUUCUUAAGUUUUGUUUUUAAAUACUUUUAAGAUUUUUCAAAGAAGCUUUGAUUUUAUUUUUGAUAGUGUGCUGUGUGCUUCAAAUAGAGAGAAAUGGUUUGUGGCUUGUUUGUAUGUUUGCUCACUUCUCUCAUUUUGGUUUCAGUGUUGAUGUGAAAGAGGCUUUAAUUUUAGGUUUUUUUGUGGGGGGACAUUUCAGUUGUGUGUCAUAGAUGUUGGCGCUUUAUGAAAACGACUCCUCUCGAUGGUUGAGUUAUAUUAUGUGCUAUAGGUUCAGAUGCAUUGUUACAGAGUUUUGCCCCGAGCCGUUGGGGAAACGACAGAUAAAGAAAUAUAUGCUCAAAAAAAGAAAAACCUUGACUUACCUCAUCCUGCCAGAGUGAUGUACAGUAGAUUCAGUUUGUGUGCAAGGGUCACAGGCAAUAAACAACUACAGCAGGUGUCAUGGCUGUUCACAGCUGGUACUGUGUCCACAUCCUUUAGCUCUUCCGUCAAACGUCCGGAAUAAAGCACGCCCAAGGUCUGACGAUCUAUGCAAUUAAUUUAUUAUCCUUAUAAAUGCAAUACUACAGAUAUCACACUAAGGAUCACCUCAUUAUAAUACUUCAUUCUGGCUUACAUUAUACAUACUCUAAUUUUCUCACUGAGACAUUAAUCUUUGGUUCAUUCAUUGUUAGUAAGAUGCUGCAUUAAAAGGGAACUGCUUCAUACCAAAAUGAGGUGAAUACGAGAUGUAGGAAUAAUACAAAAAAAGAAAACCAUUGGCCCGUUAGAUGUAAUUAACCAUUUCAUCCAAUAACAAUUUGUUUUUUGUUAUGUGAAAUUUUCAUUUCUCUGAGCGAUUGAAACGGUUUAUUUCCAAGAGAAAAUUUAACUUCACAGAAAUGCCUUAGAUUUCACUGGAAGGGAUCGUGAAGUGCGACUCACAUUUGACGGGCUUUACCUCGGUAAUUUGUCAGGGUUUUUUUCCUCAUGCACUGCUGUUAAAAAGACUUUUGUUAAAACAGAACUACUCUGAACACAGAUCUAUGAAGCAAAGAGAUAUUUACGACUUUCUUUAUUCUGUCACUUUGUCAUUCCUUCAUUGUUCAUCCAAAGCAUAGAAGAAUAAAUUGAGUGGUGGUGUACCGAGUCUAACUAUUGCUGCUAUGUGUUUAGAAAACUUUUAGCUGAAGGUCAUUCAAUAUGUCAAGUCACACAUGGGACCAGUUUGUAACUCAUGUUCAGCGACGUCCAUGCAUCCAGAUUUCUGUGCGUCAACCUCAGUAGAUAUCUGUGCCACGACACAGGUUUUGUCUCCUCCACAGAUAGGAAACCCUACAGCUAUUAAAACAUUUAACUUGGUUUGAUUUUCAACUUGUCUCCUUUUUCUUUUUAUAAAUAAAACUUUUUCACUGUGGUUUGUGUUUUUAUUUUUAUUAUACAAGGGACCACUAGGCACUUGAUAUAAUAUAAGAGAUUAUAAACUUCAAAUAAGCAAAGACAUGUUUAUCAAAUGUGGCAGUUUUUAUAUCAAAACCAACUCAUUUUGAGGUAAUACACAAAGAACAGUCACAAAACAUGAGAAUUUAAUUCUAAAACAGACUGGGAUCUAGAUAAAAAUAGAUAGGAAACAGGUUUAUAAAAAAAAGUAUAUUACACUGUUCAAGGGUCGUAUAUGAUUUAAGUAUGUACAAAGUUCAAAAUAUACUGAAUAUGCCCAAAAUUUGCUGUUAAACUUAACUACAUAAAAUAGACUUUGAACCUUAAUUUACAAUCUUGUAUCAAGACUAAUGAAUAAGAAGGAAAGCAAAUCCUGUUUGCCCUGCUGCUGUAAUGUGCAAUAAGACUAUUAUGUUGAACAUGGCAAAGUAAGUCAAUAUUCUGUUUUCAUUUUGAAUCAUACUCUGAGGCAACAUCCCAUUUGAAAACCUUUGUGCAUUUUAAUCAAACUAAUGAAGAGAACCCUUUUUUGGGGGAGUAAUGUUCGUAUUGCAGAGAAAAACAAAGCAGAACUCAUUUCCACAUACAAAGAGGUUAGAUGCCAUCAAACUUCAGUUUUGUGGGCAUUUAUAUCAUCGUGGUAAAGUAAAUUUAUAUUUGCUCAUUUCAAGAGUAUCAAACACUGACAGCAAAAUGUAGCAUUACUGUCGUAAAAACAAAUCUGUCCACGUAUGACA